AUGGGGACUUACCGAAGGUUUAUCAUCAAUUUUACGGCAAGUCGGAGGCCAUAGGAUGAUGUGAAGAUUCUCUUUUUAGAUUCAUGACAUUCUCUUUUCCUUUACUCUGGGGGUUCUGUCAAAUCCAGACCCAUUAUUUCCUUACAGCGGAUUUGUGAUCAACGGGCUCUUUAGACAUCUUGGAAGCUAUGGAGCUUUUGCUGCGGUAUGGAAAAGAGCUGCAAUGUAUUAUUACAUUGGCGGAUCUGGUCCAUUGGCAAAAAGCGUUCCAUUUUGCAUCCAGAAAGUAUCAAAAUGUGGCAAAAUAUACCUGCCUUUCCAAGUGAAAAAACUCCAACUUCAAAAAGCGCGCACGCUCUUUUCGUCAGAGAGAAGGCGCUUUCAUUAGUUGAAGAGGGAUGUAUUUUGCUAUAUUUAUGCUUCCCGGAGGUAAAACGAUACGUUUUUUGCUAUUGGAUCAGGUACGCCACUGUAAAUAUUUUUUUUGACAUUUCUGAAAUUUUUUCUUUUUGAAGGCUUAACCUUGAAACGGUAAAUUCAAUUACUGUUUUUGGUCAAACUAAUAUUAUAGAUAAACUUUACAAAAAUACACAGAAAAGGAUCCCUCUGAACCCGACGUUUUUACCCUGCAUAAAUUUUCAGGCAGGUGGGCUUGUCGCGACUGCUGGCUAUGCGCUGUCUACUCAGUGUGCCUGCAUUAUUUAUCGAUUCGCGGUCCUCCAAGAAGACCCUCGAAUAGUCGACUUUGUGGUGUCUACUACAACCUGGAUUGUCUGUUAUAUAUCAGCAUUUGGCGUGUGUAUUUUUGCAGCGUCUUUGUUGAAACAAUUUCUAAUUCCUCAAGAGGUCAGCUCAAAUCUUUCUAUCUUGAAAAAAUUGACUGUAAAGUGUACGCUAACCGUUUAUUUUCAGUUAAUUUUGGGGAAAAUGGCACUUGUUCAGCCUUAUAUUAAUCAAAAAUUACCUAACAUAAGUGGCAAAGUAGUGGUUUACUUUGAUUAUGACAAUACUUUUGCGGCCAUCACGGGUGGCGCUGUAUUCUUUGGAUUCUUCGCAGCCGAGUUUAUUUCUUUUGGGUGUGUUUUUAUGAUUUUACAUGAACUGGAAGCAAAAAAGGAGAGCUUUUCCAGUAUUACGUAUAAGUUGCACCGACAACUUACUAUUGCGUUGGGGGCUCAGGUAAGGUAUCAACAAGGUAUACUGCAGAAAAUCAAAGGAAAAAACAGAGAAAAAGCAUUCUUUGGCAACAUUUUUGUGGUCUUUCUGACUUCAGCCAUGCAUUUUUCCACAUUCCUAAACUUUUUUAUCUCACUUACAAUUUUCAGCUCCUUACCCCAUUCAUCUUCAUAAUUUUCCCGGUAACGCUUGGCAUUUUGGCGACUUACAAUUACUGGAGUGUAAACGAGAGCUACAGUCAGUUCUUUGUCAUCUCCAUUGACUUCUAUGGCGCCGCCAACUCUCUAAUCACCCUUUACUUUGUAAAACCUUAUCGAGUUUACUUGUCGAACAAAUUAAAGCUGGCUCUUCGCUAUCUGUCCUGUGGAAGAUUCGGGAAAGGACCGGAAGUCAUCGUGGUUAUGGCGCCUGAAACCACGCUUGCCAGCAUAAUGGGCUGA